CAUUGAUGAAGAGAUGUUAACGAGGAUGGCUUCUAAUGCUACUAUCUCCGCGGUGAUUUGUGUGUUUACAUGUUUGAUGAGGAUACGUAGUAGACGGAAAUCAAUCACUUAUCAACGUAAUGUGAAAAAUAAAGAGAAGAUAGAUAUGAGAGCUAGGCACAUAAGUCGUGUGUUUAGUGGCUAUAAUGAGAGUUGUAGGGCUUAUGUUAGAAUGAGGCCGCGUGCAUUUCAUAAUCUUGUUAGCAUAAUGAGAUAUACCGGCCUACUAAAAGAUGGACGGGUUGUUAAAGUAGAAGAACAAUUGCUCAUGUUCCUUAAUAUAUUAGGCCAUAAAACAAAAAAUAGAAUUGUUAGGUCACAUUUCAUAAGAUCGGGGGAAACCGUUUCAAAAUACUUUAACAAGUACUUGAAAGCUGUUGGUCGUUUAAGGGGGCGGUACAUGAAGCAAGCACCAAAUGAAGUAUCACCAGAGAUUGCCACUAACCCGUUAUAUUAUCCUUAUUUCAAGGAUUGUAUUGGCAUGAUAGAUGGAACCCAUAUCGACGCCAUGCUUCCCGCUAGCCUUGUUGCACGUUUUAGAGGUCGUAAAGGUGUAACUCAAAAUGUUCUAACUGCAUGCACUCCCAACAAGUUAUUUUCGUAUGUUCUAGCCGGCUGGGAGGGAUCCGCAAAUGAUUAUAGAGUUUUGCAAGACGCGUUAUCUAGACCACAACCUCGCGGAUUGAGAGUUUACGACGGUUUAUAUAAAUAUCAUUGGAUAUGAUACUUGAUAGCAACCUACAUUGCACGAUAUGUAUUGGUAUGACUACUUUGUAUUCUUCUAAGUGGGCAAUGAUGAUGGUCUUAGUUAAGAGAAUCCAUAUCUACAAUGUUUUGUUAUGUUUAGGUAGGGCAAUCUAGGAUAAGAAUGCAACCGACAUCGCAUUUACAAUGUUAGGUAAGGCAAUCCAUUCAUGUAAUUGCAACCUACAUUGCAUUUACACUGUUCGGUGAGGCAAUCCAUUCAUUUGAUUGCAACCUACAUUGCAACACCAUUGAUAGAUGAGACAAUCCAUGUAUUCAAUUUUAAUACCUAUAUCUGAGCCCCUAACUUGAUCCUAUUAUGCGUUUUCCCGCUGGUGGUCUGGGUUGCUGGGUUUGAAGCUUUUGAUUUGGCUACAUUUUCUCUGCUAUUCUUCUACAUCAUUCUUUGAUUUGGGUUGCUGGGUUGCUGGGUUUGAAGCUUUUGAUUUGGCUACGUUGAUGUACAUUUUCUAUGAGCCUUGGUAUUCAUAAUCUUAUGUUUCAGUUUCAGUUUCAGUUUCAGUUGCUUCAGUUGCUGGGUUAUUUGGUCUGGGUUGCUGGGUUUUGUUGCUGGAGGGCUUAUGUUUCAAUUUCAGACUUUCAGUUUCAGUUGCUGGGUUGCUGGGUUUUGUUGUUGUAUAUGAGAGGCAUAAGAUUUUGAUUUGGCCUGGGUUGCUGGGUUGCUGGGUUUUGUUGCUGGAGGGCUUAUUUUUCAGUUUUAGUUUCAGUUGCUGGGUUGCUGGGUUUGUUGCUUUUGAUUUGGCUACAUUACCUCCUUAUUCAACAAUGUUUUAAGUGUGUAUGCAUGUAUGUGUGUGCGUGUGUGCUUGUGUAUGUGUGUAUGUAUGUGCAUGUAUGUAUGGGUGAGAUGAGUUCAUGGUUAUUAUCUUA